AUGAUUAGAAGGCAGAUUUAUACCACCCAUAAACGAUUGUUCCAUUUUUCGUUAAAAUGCUUCAAUUCUCAGACUCAUGCCAUCGCAAAGCCUGACCUCACUGCCAUUAACCCCUCUGAGAAAUCGCACUUUAAGAACUUGGCAGCUACUUGGUGGGAUGAAACCGGAUCUCAAAGAAUUCUACAUAAAAUGAACCUUCUAAGAAUGGAUUUCAUUAAUGAUGUAAUCAAGUCAAGGCUUUCAUUGAACGAGGCCAUUACGGAUCCUGAACAGAAGGUGUUCAUUCCGGGUUGGAACUUUCAGAACAUCUUACCAGAGGAGGUUUCUCAUGAGAUACAGAAAGAAAUUGACCAGGCUACUCGUGAAAAAUGUGGAGACUUACAGUUGAAAUGUCUAGAUAUUGGUUGUGGUGGUGGCAUAUUGAGCGAAUCCUUGGCUAGGCUGUCUAUAGUUGAAUCAGUUAAAGGUAUCGAUAUGACACCAGAAGUGAUUCAAGUGGCCAAGCUGCACAAGAAAUUGGACCCAUUAUUGGAGGAUAAACUCAGUUACAAAGUGAUCUCCCUAGAGCAUAUCGACGAGAAAGAAAAGUAUGACGUGAUCACUAUGAUGGAACUAUUAGAGCACGUUGAUUAUCCUGCCAUGAUUGUGAAGGAGGCUCUUUCUCAUUUGAACCCUGAUGGAUACCUCUUUAUAUCAACAAUUAACAGAGACUUCGUCUCGUGGUUUACCACAAUCUUUAUGGGCGAGCAUGUAUUGAACAUUGUCCCAGUGGGAACCCAUACAUAUGGUAAGUACAUCAAACAGAGAGAGCUUAAGGAGUUUGUGGAUGAAUUUCAAAAGGACUACCGAGUGGUAGACUCCAAGAACUGCGGCUAUUUUCCCACCGUAGGUUGGUUCUUUACUGGUAUUGAAAAUAUGGGAAACUACAUGAUGGCCAUCAAAAGAAAAGAGUGA